AUGCCUAAGCGCACCACCACCACCGCCGCCGCCUCCCCCGAGGACGUCGAGGCCGGGCGGGCGCCGACCCCGGAGGAGCAGCAGCGGGUGUCGACGAUGACGCGGCACCCGUCGUCUCUCGGGGCCGACAACCCGAUCGAGCACCACUACAGCAGGCGGUCGGCACGAGCAGCAGCAGGCGGCGACGACGACGACGGGCAAGAGGAAGAGGAAGAGGAGGACGAGUCCGUGUACGACCGGCUGGCGCCGCGGCGCAAGAUGCUGGUGGUGGCGCUGCUGUCGUUCUGCUCGUUCCUGGCGCCCGUGUCGAGCACGUCGGUGCUGGCGGCGACGCCUGAGGUUGCGGCUGAGUACGGUAGCACGGGGACUGUCAUCAACGCGUCUAAUGCUGUGUACAUGCUUAUGAUGGGGUUGUCGCCUAUUGUGUGGGGGCCGCUGAGUGAGGUUUAUGGGAGGAAGUUGAUAAGCCAGAUCGUGGCCGUGCUGUUCUUUGGGUGCAGCAUUGGGACGGCACUCGCUCCGAACUUGGCGGCCUUCUUCAUCUUCAGGGCCUUGACUGCCUUCGAAGGGACGGCCUUCAUCCUCGUCGGCUCAGCAUGCCUAGCAAUACGGAUGCUCACCCACUGCUCCCACACCAGUGAUAUAUACCGCCCCGUCGAGCGCGCCACGGCCAUGGGCUGGUUCCUCAGCGGCACGCUGAUCGGGCCGGCCUUCGGGCCCUUCCUCGGCGGGAUCAUCGUGACGUACGCGUCGUGGCGGGACAUCUUCUGGCUGCAGACGGCGCUGUCGGGGGUGGCGGCCGUGGGGACGCUCGCGCUGCUGCCGGAGACGAUCCACCACCGCAAGAUCGACGACCUGGCGGGCCACUCGGCGCGGCAGCGGGCCGGCAUCCUGUGGGGGAUGAUCAACCCGAUGCGCGUGCUGCGGCUGUACCGGUACCCGAACCUGAUCAUGGCUGGGCUGGCGUCGUCGGCCGUCGUCUGGAACAUGUACAGCCUCCUGACGCCGAUCCGCUACGUGCUCAACCCGCGCUUCAACCUCACCACCCCGAUGCAGGGCGGCCUGUUCUACCUCGCGCCCGGUUGCGGCUACCUGACGGGGACGUUCAUGGGCGGCCGGUACGCGGACUACGUCGUGCGGCGGUGGAUCGUCAAGCGGGGAGGCGUCCGCGUGCCCGAGGACCGCAUGCGCUCGGCGCUGCCCUUCAUGGGCGGCGUGAUCCCGGCAUGCAUGCUCGUCUACGGCUGGAGCGUCGAGAAGGAGGUCGGCGGCAUACCGCUCCCCGUGGUCAUGCUGUUCGUUCAGGGCGUGGCGCAGCUGUUCUGCUUCCCCAGCCUCAACACGUACUGCCUGGACGUCAUGCAAGGGCGCGGCGCCGAGGUCAUCGCGGGGAACUACUUUGUGCGGUACCUGUUCGCCUGCGCCGCGACGGCGUGCGUCUUGCCGGCCGUGGAGGCCAUGGGUGUCGGCUGGUUCUCGACCAUCAGCGCGGCCUUCCUGGUUGCCGCGACGGGGUGCAUACUUGCGGCGAUCUGGUGGGGGAAGGGGUGGAGGGACAACGUGGAUCGGAAGAAGGAUCGGAAGAGGCGGGCCAAGAGGGAGAAGGAAACACCCGCGAGCGGAGCGCCGGGCCAAUUGGGCAUGGAGAUGGAACUUCGCGGCGAUGUACAUCAAUAG